CAAUCGCGCCAGCUGUCAUGCCGGACUCCAAGGACAAGAAGGGCAAAGCCCCCCAGGCGUCUAACGCUGAGGAUGCGGCGAAACAGAAGUUGACCCCCAAGGCGGCCGAGGCGCUGCUCGAGAACAACCCCGCGCUGAAGAAUGAGCUGGCCGGACUGGAUAAGGAUAAGGCUGCGGAGGCCCUGCGCAAAAUGGAUAUCUCCGAGCUCUUGACGGGCCUGGCUGUGGGAGGCAAGAACCAGAAAGACAUGGCCUCCUACAAGUUCUGGCAGACCCAGCCUGUCCCUCGCUUUGAUGAGACCGCUGCUGCUGCCAACGAUGUUGGUGGGCCGAUCAAGAUGAUCGAUCCGGAAAAAGUGUCCAAGACCCCCGACGCCCUGAUCGAAGGCUUUGAGUGGGCCACUCUGGAUCUUACAAAGGAGGAAGAGCUCCAGGAGCUGUGGGAUCUUUUGACCUACCACUAUGUCGAGGACGACAAUGCGAUGUUCCGCUUCAGAUACUCGAAAUCAUUCCUACACUGGGCCUUGAUGGCUCCGGGCUGGAAGAAGGAAUGGCACGUCGGAGUUCGCGCUACCAAGUCGCGCAAGCUUGUCGCCGCUAUCUCUGGUAUCCCCACGGAGUUGCGCGUUCGGGAGCAGAAGAUCAAGGUCACCGAGAUCAACUUCCUCUGCAUCCACAAGAAGCUCCGAUCCAAGCGUUUAGCUCCGGUCCUGAUCAAGGAGAUCACUCGCCGUUGCUAUCUCAAAGGUAUCUACCAGGCUAUCUAUACUGCGGGUGUAGUGUUGCCCACUCCCGUCAGCUCAUGCCGUUACUACCACCGUCCUCUGGACUGGCUCAAGCUUUAUGAGGUCGGAUUCUCGCAUCUACCGACUGGCUCCACCAAGGCCCGACAGAUCAGCAAGAAUCACCUUCCCAGCACCACAUCCACCCCUAACCUGCGCCCCAUGGAGAUCAAGGAUAUUGAUGCCGUCCAGGACCUGCUGGAACGCUACCUGAAGCGCUUUGCCUUGAACCAAGCCUUUUCCCGUGAGGAGAUCGAACACUGGCUGGUUCACAAGGGAGGCGACGCCGACCGGGAACAAGUGGUUUGGUCCUACGUGGUGGAGGACCCCGAAACCCACAAGAUCACCGACUUCUUCUCCUUCUACAACCUUGAAUCCACUAUCAUCCAAAACCCCAAGCAUGAAUGUUUGCGCGUAGCCUACCUCUACUAUUAUGCCACUGAAACGGCUUUCACUGGUGAUCUCAAGGCGCUCAAGGAAAGGCUCUUGUUGUUGAUGAACGACGCUCUGAUCCUGGCGAAGAAGGCUCGUUUCGACGUGUUCAAUGCGCUUACCCUCCACGACAAUCCCCUGUUCCUAGAGCAGCUCAAGUUUGGAGCGGGCGAUGGCCAGCUCCACUACUACCUCUACAACUACCGGACGGCCCCAAUCCCUGGAGGGGUUAAUGAUAAGAAUCUGCCGGAUGAGAAGAAGAUGGGUGGUGUUGGUGUUGUUAUGCUGUAGAGUCCGGAACUCUCACAUGUUCGAAGGCCAAACAAGACCUCCUUUUGUGUGCUGUGGGUCAGAUGACUGGCACUAACUCGGUGUGACAAGACACUUGUGAAUACCGUUAGCCCGAAUUGAAAUGUAUACAUC